AUGUCAACCGGGCCAAAAAUUAUAUUUCUAGAUUGCGACGGGGUGAUUUCACCUUUUAGCGGGCCUAUGUUCAGUAAAGUUCAUAUGCAAAGGCUCAAAAAAAUAGUUGAUGCCACGCAAGCGAAAAUAGUUUUGAGUUCGUCAUGGCGAACUUCCGAGUUCGGGCGCAAGGAAGUUAAGAAGCAACUGAUAGCCAACGGUAUAAGCCCAUUCAUCGGUUGCACACCAUGCAUUAGCAGCCGUCCAAGGGUGAUCGAAAUAUUAACGUGGCUGAAAGACAACGAAAGCCUUGGAGUAAAGAAUUUUCUGGCGCUAGACGAUAUUAACCUUCCCGCAUUGGCACCAAACAAGGCUUUCUUUUCUAAGCAUUCUAUCACAACAAAUGGCUUAACGGGGCUCACGGAUCAAGAUGUCGCAAAGGCAAUUGAGAUCUUAUCGGACAAAAAUAACCUUGAUAAGAAGGGGUAA